AUGACAGACAAGCCCAAGUCUAAGCGCCUGACAUUCAAAGGCGAAAAGAAAUCUAAGAAGCGCAAGGCCAGGGAGGUGGAUGAGGACCAACGAGAAGAAGACAUCGACCCCGGAACAUGGGUACAACCUGAAACCCCAGAGCAAAUACUUGGCCCAACUUUUAUUAUACAUGACAAUGGAACGCCAACAUGUGUUGCUUUUGACUCGACACGCAACCGAAUCAACAUCCAAACCCUCAGUUCGGCCUCAUCCUCGUCUGGCGAGACAUCCAAACCGCUUUCUAUUGUACCAAGUGAUGUCCACCAGGUGUGGGUUGCGACGCGGGUUGCCGGUUCACUGACAAUCAACCUCCGCACUCCUGAAGGAAAGUUCCUCUCCUGUGAUGCGCUUGGUCUCGUAUCUGCAGACAGAGAAGCUCGAGGUCCUCAGGAGGAAUUCACUCCUUGA